AUGAAGCUUUCACCAAUUGUUCUUGGUGGAGUGGCUCUGUUAAUAUCAGUUGUUGAUGCGAAUGUCAAUUCAAAGAAAGGAAUUGUUCAUCCACAGUUUGAACCUUACACCAAAGUACUAGCAGAUGAUUCUUUCUUCGAACAAUUUGAUACAAAUUUGCAUCAAUGGAAAGCAUCCAAUGCAAAAAAAAAUGGCGGAAAGGCUUAUAAUGGAAAAUGGGAAAUUGAAGAGUCCACUGUCAAUGCCGGAUUUAAGGGAGACAAAGGUCUAGUUGUUAAGUCUGAGGCAGCACUUCAUGCUAUUAGUGUUCCCUUAAAAAAAGUAUUUGACAACACAAAUAGCACACUUGUUUUACAAUAUGAAGUGAAAUUGCAGAAGGGUUUAAACUGCGGUGGGGCAUAUGUCAAGUUAUUGAGUGCGGAUGCGCAAGAUGUUAUUCCAGAACAGUUCAGUGAUGAGACACCUUAUCAAAUUAUGUUCGGCCCCGAUAAAUGUGGUUCGACCAACAAAGUUCAUUUCAUUUUUAAAAGAAAAAACCCAAUUACAGGAAAAUAUGAGGAAAAGGUUUUAAAAGUACCACCCAUGGCUAGAAUUGUCAAGACCAGUGUCUUGUACACUCUGAUACUUAAGCCCACCCAGGAAUUUGAAAUUAGAAUUGAUGGUGAUGUCGUCAGAGCAGGAUCUUUAUUUGAUAAACAUUUCUUUGAUAUCAAUCCAGCUAAAGAAGUUGUGGAUAAGAAAGACAAAAAGCCGGAUGAUUGGGUGGAAGAGGAGUUUGUAAGGGAUCCGAAUGCAACUAAACCAGAUGACUGGGAUGAAGAUGAACCUUUUAUGAUUCCAGAUACCACUGCCAUCAAACCAUCUGAUUGGGAUGAGGAUAUGCCUGCUUCAGUACCAGACCCCGAGGCAACAAAGCCUGAAUAUUGGGAUGAUGAUGAGGAUGGUAAAUGGAAAGCUCCAUUAAUCAAGAAUCAAAACUGUGAAAAUCAUGGUUGUGGUCCUUGGGAAGCCCCUAAGGUUAGAAACCCUAGGUUUAAGGGGAAAUGGUUCCCUCCUAUGGUUAAAAACCCAAAUUAUAAGGGUGAAUGGAAACCAAGAUUGAUUCAGAAUCCUGAUUAUUAUGAUGACAGAACUCCGGCGGAUUUGGAACCUAUUGGGGCAAUUGGAUUUGAAUUGUGGACAAUGACUGAUUCCAUUUUGUUUGACAAUAUAUAUUUAGGACACUCUAUUGAUGAAGCAGAAGAUAUUGGAAAUUCAACAUUCCUUCCAAAGCUCAAAAUAGAGCAACAAGAAGCUGCAGCAAGUGCACCUUCAUCCGAUUAUGAGCCAGAGAAGCCAGCUUCUUCUACCAAAGAUGAUGACUCUUGGAUAUCGUCUUUGCUUGAUUCAGUUGUCGUUAAGGUUGUCCUCUUCCUCAGAGGAGCCAAUGCUUAUGUUCUUAGCUUGAGUUCCGAUCCUAUACACACACUGUUAAAUAGACCAGGAGAGGCUGUUUUGUACUCUUCGAUUUUUUUGAGUUUCUUCACGUUGAUUUACGGUUUCUGGUCUGCUGUACUACAGCUUAUAACUGGUAGGAUUUCUACAGGUACGGAAUCCGUUGAUGGUUCCACUGACGAGAAUACUUCCUCGGAGCAAAAUUCUAAUGCUGAGGUAAUUAAGCCGGCUGAGAAGUCCACAGAAUCUGAGAAAAAUGAAACUGCAGCUUUCAAACGUUGA